AAGGGUAAGAGCAAAAGGAGUGAGAAGAGUUUAGAGGAAGGAAUUAAAGAAAAUCGACAUGGCAGGUGGUUAUGGGGUUAGCAGAAAGGUUGCGGUAGUGGUAAUAAGCAUAUUGGCGGCAUCUUGGUUGAUGGUAGACGCCGUACCCCGUAGGACGAUGGCCACCAUUAAUUGCGACGAAAUGAUCAAUUCAAUAGCACCAUGCCUCAAAUAUCUUAGGGGAGAUGGGAGCCUACCCAAGGAAUGCUGCGACGGAGUCGACCAUGUCAACUCCAUGGCCACCACCAAAACCGAUCGUCAGCAAACCUGCAAAUGCAUUGUCGACACUAUGGCCAGUGUCUCUGGCCUCCAUGAUGAUCUCGUCAAAUCGCUUCCCACUAAAUGCGGACUCCAUCUUUCUUUCGAAAUAAGCACUCAUAUGGACUGUUCCAAGGUGAACUGAUGAUGGAUGAAUGGAGCGAGGACAGAAUAUCAAUAAAAUUACAAGUAAUAACGGCCUCCUUGAUAGUUUUAUUAUAUAAAGCUUGCUCCUUUGCAGCAUACUGUCCGUCGGUUACGUUGAAUAAACAUGAAGCUGUAAGUGAUAUUAUAUAUCUAUGAGAUGAAAUGGUGAUCAACUGAUCAUGUAUUA